GCAACUGAAAACACUCACCAUGAGCAAGAUCAUUGUGUAUCAGCAUGUCAAUUUCCAAGGCCUCAGCAAAGAGUUCCACAGAGAUGUUCCCAAUCUGGUAAAUGAAAGAUUUAACGACUGCAUUUCAUCCUUGAAGGUAAUCGGCCAGCCAUGGGUAGCUUAUGAGCACAUCAACUAUGCAGGACAACAGAGAGGUUAUGAGGAAGGGGAGCAUGCCAGCGUCGACGGAAAUGAUUCAUUCUCCUCACUAAAGAUCAUCACGGAGGAUCUUGAGAACCCUGAAAUAGUUUUGUUUCAGCAUGAUGAGGUUUCCUCCCACAUUGUGAACCGAGGUCCCUGGGUGCUGUAUGAGCACACAGAACGUAACGGCCGUCAGAUUGUGGCCAGGAUGGGAGAAAGAGUUGCUAACUACAAUGAUAUCUAAUUCAAUGACAGGGUGAGUCAUGUUCGUCCUUUGAAGUCUGGCAGACCUGUGGUUAAAGCCAAGAUUAUGUGGGACCAGAUGGUGAAAGAGAAUGAGAGAAACCUCAAGAUUGAUGAGAUUAUUGGGGUGAACCAAACAGACACUGAGCAAUCCUUUUCUACAAAUGCCACCAAAGAGUAUGAAUCAACCUUCGGCCAGAGCGUGAGCUUUAGCAACUCCACCACCAUCACUGCAGGGACAACGUUCUCCAUGGACAUUGUACCCGGGAUUUCCAUGGAGGCCAACCUGUCAGUUUCCAACACUUUUACCGUUGAAAAGUCGACAACUCAAAAGGAAACAAGUUCCCUGAAUAUGCCAGCAAAGAUCACACCACAUACGAAGCUAAUUGUGAAUGUCAUCAGAAAAGAAGUGUCAGUGAGGGUCCCUGUAGAGUUUACUGUUACCCAGGGCAAGAGUGUCAAGACAGAGUAUGGAGAGUAUAGAUGUUCCUCUGGUAAAUCAGUGUAUGCUGAGUUCAACUCAGAGAAAGCAUAG